AUGAUGUAUCACCAAGCACGCCACAAUAGAGAUCAGCAUGGCGGUAAAGGGAAAGUAGAGGAACUACAAGGCAAGAACUUGCUUUGGAAUGCCGCACCCCGAGAUGAGCAAGCGUUGGUCGUUAUGCCAAUUGUCGAGUCCGCCGAUGUCUGGUUCUCGGACUCAUCUGUGGUUAGCAAAACCUCAUCUCAGAUCGCUACAUCCUCUAUCGAAGACUUCUCCACGUCACCCUGCAGCAGUGAAGAUGACACGGGGCUCUUGAUUACAAUGAGGCUGGAACACCCGACACCCCUUGAAAAGCAAACUAAAAAACGCAGGGUCCAUACGCUUUCCACGGAGCGCAGUCGCCAGUACCGUCAACGCCAAAAGGUUUACUUGGAGAACUUGGAGGCCGUCGUGCGCGAACUGCAUAUCGAUGUGCAGGGCCUCGAGAUUUUGCGCAACCUGCGCCAAGAACAGAGUGUAAACCUGCGUGGCUCAGUUACUGGGUCGCUGGCUACGAUCAUCCGCGAGUACAUGACUGUGUUUCGGCAUGGCAUGCCUGCUGCCGCUAUGGAAGAUGUCAGCGCUGGGAAGAAACGCGAGCGAACGGUGGACAAUCUGCUAACACCCGACGAGCAGCACGCAUUUCUCAACUGUAUCAUGGAUCCAUACGUAGAAGUGUUUGACUGGUGCGGCCGCUUUGUACUGGGUGCCAGCGCGUUACUUAACGGUUGGACGGCCUGGGCGGCAUGGCACGAAUGUCUAACCUUUGAUCUUGUCGGCAUUGACGUCCUGGACACGGAGGAUACGCUGGCUGUGACUACGAAGGCCAACCUACGAGUGUGCGUCUCGCAAAGGACUAUUGAGCAUCUCUUUCCGCACAUUGCGGACAACCGAGAGCUUUGCAGGAAGCUGAUCGGUAAGGAGAUUUGUUAUCCUAUCCAAGACACCUUCUUCUUCGCCUCCAACAAGCAGAUCAUCAAGUACGUGUGCGACAUCGACUUUUUGAGUGGGCUGCUGGCGGUCGCAGGUGAUUAUGAGACCGUCCUUUACCUCAUGGCGCCGCCCAACCAGACGCCGCUGAACGACCUCGCCGUGCGCACGUCCCCUGGCGACCUCGCUGAGCGUUCGCCCCUUGACGUCGAGUUUUUGCUGUCGAACGAAUGA